AUGGUCGAAGACCCUGGUUAUGUCCCCAAACUUGGCAGUAGGAACCAGCAGAGGUCGGUCAUUGCCGAACUUUUUGAAUCGUGGAAAUUCGACGAAGAGAAUUUCUGUGUCUUCUGCAUGAUCCGAAAGCCGUUGCGUAGCAAGCAUUGCAGGCGUUGCGGGCGAUGUGUUGCCAAGCACGACCACCAUUGCCCCUGGAUUGACAAUUGCGUUGGAGCGAACAAUCUGCGCCAUUUCGUAUUGUACAUCGCUUGCCUGGGGAUCGGUAUCACCCUCUUCGUGCUGUUGACAGUCUCCUGUAGCAUUCAGCUGGUCUGGAUCACAAUGCUCUGUGCCGUUCAACUGGUCCAGGUGUCACGGAACCAGACGACCUACGAGAACAUGCGGGGCCACUCGAUUGACAGAAGUUACCCCAGCUCCCGGGCCCUCGCGUCGGCCAUGACAGCAGGGACAACAUCAUUUGACGCUGCUGGACUUUCCGCCAGUGGACAAGGACCAAAUCCACAUGGCCGUGUUCGAAAGCAUGGCUGUAUUCAACAAUGGUCAUCUCUGCUUGGUGUUGACGCCUUUUUUGCGACGGCACGGGAUGGUUUACGGGAUGGACCCCGCGCAGCACGGCCUCGGAAUCCUUUCUCCCGGGGGAUUAUCACCAAUUUACAGGCCAUGGAGUAA